CACACGUCCAAAGUCUCAACCCUUCUACUCCAUAAACAUCCUUUACUUCCUUUAAUUCUCUCCCUGUCGAUGCUUUCAAGAUACCAACACCACGAGCGUCACACCGUACUACGAACCUUGAUGUCUGAACAAUCAAGAUGAAUGGCUCGGCUGAGCUGACUUCACGAAUGGAUCGUUGUACAACCACAACCAUCAUCCACGACUAUGGGCCAACUCGGUGACCUUUCGCCCCAGGGCACUAUUGCUAUUGGCAUCCUUGUCGGCCUCUUGUCUACCUCGAUCCAAAGCCUGGGUCUCACCCUCCAGCGAAAGUCCCACAUCAUCGAAGAUGCCAAACAUGCCUCAGAAACAAGAAGACCUCCUUAUAAGAGACGCAAAUGGCAGCUGGGGAUGUUUAUGUUUGUUGUUUCCAACUUGAUCGGCAGCACUAUUCAAAUCACUACGUUACCUCUGCCGGUUCUCUCCACCCUGCAGGCUUCAGGGCUGGUCUUCAAUACGGCAUUCGCGACUGUCUUACUGGGUGAACCCUUCACUCGAUUCUCCCUCCUGGGCACACUCUUGACUUGUUCCGGCGCAGCGCUCAUAGCGACCUUUGGAGCCAUUGCGGAGCCAGCGCACAAUUUGCGACAAUUGCUGGACCUUCUCAAUCGCCGGGAUUUCAUAAUAUGGAUGGUCGGGACGAUGAUCGUGGCAGUUGCCACUAUACUGUUUGCUCAUGUCCUCAGGAUGUGGUCAUCUCACGAACACAUCACCCAGAGCCUGCCCAAGCCCGAAAGGCCGCGAUCAGCAUCCACAACUUCUCGCCCGCAAUUGUCGCUCACACGCUCGUUUACGGCUCAACUGCCUCAGCCUGUGAAGGUCAGAGUCCACCGAUUACGCCUCAUUCGAGGUCUCUCCUACGCUCUUAUAUCUGGCAUUCUGUCUGCGCAUUCUCUCCUUGUCGCAAAGUCGGCUGUCGAGCUACUGGUUCGAACGAUUGUCGACCACAAGAAUCAGUUUAACCGGUUUCAGUCCUGGCUUAUCCUCAUUGCUCUACUGUUCUUCGCCUUGACGCAACUAUAUUACUUACACCUUGGCCUAAGAUUGUGCAGCACCAGCGUAUUAUACCCUUUCGUCUUUUGUGUUUACAACAUCAUUGCGAUCCUAGAUGGUCUCAUUUAUUUCCAGCAAGCGUCAAGACUGAGUACUCUGCAUGCUUGUUUUGUGGCGUUGGGUACGAUUAUACUGCUUUUGGGUGUCCUAGCUCUGUCAUGGAGGCUGGAUAAUGUGACACCUGCAGAAUCUGCGCAGCAAGCCAUUCCACCUCGGACUCCGCUGACACCAGGACUUGGUCUGGUGCAGUCAGCCUCGGAAGAUCAGAAUCCAUUAUUUCCUGACGGACGGAAACGAAGUUCUACAUCGCUUUCAAGAGAGUCCGUGGAUGAGCAAACGCCACUACUGGUUGGACGCACUCGCCCAGCGACUGUCUCGGCUCGCCCUCAUCCUGCAACCGACACAGAAGGCAUCUGGGCGCAACUAGACGACGAAGAGCGUCAAGAUGAUUAUCUCGCUUCUCUGCCUCGGACGCCUGGACCUUUUCUAAGUGUCAACAACUUCAAAACUCGGCGGAGAAGCGGUUCGGGCUCAUCUCAAGGCAUUUCGACUGGAAGUCGACCGGCCUCUUCUGGCUUACAGGACGAAAGCAAGAAAGACGCGACCGAAGCUUCCGACUUCCAGGGGAAAGGUGAUGACACUACACAUCGGAGAAGUAGCAGUGCGCCCCAAGUCCCCGUGCAAGCACCUUUGCAGCAACAUCGGCCUAUCGGCAGACAUCGAAGUACAUCUGUACGCUUCGCUGAUGACGAAGAGGGCAAGCCAGACUCGAAGCGAGCAAGUCGAAGCCGAUUUGACCGGGGCGGUGGAGAUCAAAGCGAUGCUUGAUACAGACACGAUUCUGAAGGAUCUUAAAUUGCUUCCCGUCCGCAGGAAGGUACAUAUCAGAGGAUAGGCUCCUUUUACAGUCGUCCCCUAUAUACGACCACAUAGCAUGACUGAGAAAUACAGAGACCAAGGGCAGAAGUUUCUCAUGAUGGGCAAAUUGGACAAUACGCCCUGGAUGCCCACCCCAUUGUUGGAUACGACUCUACAGACACUGUCCUUGUCUUCCCGCCACCUGUGCAAGCAAAAUUUCUCCCUACCUCUGAAUUUUCCAUCAGUGCAGGACUUGCCUCGUGAGCUUUCCAAAACCGGCCGACCUGGGAGAUAAUAUCGAGACGUCCAAGAUUUUUCUUCGAUCAGUACUCCUGGUUCUGUGGCAUGAGCAAGUGAAUCUCCUUGCCACCUCGUAUGUGCCCAAGUAUGCAAGGACCCAUCACUGCAAUACGCUCUUCCAGUUGGACAUUGUUGUGUGCUGUCGACGCCUUUAAGGCCACAGGAGUCAUCCUGAAUACGACUUUGCGGCAAUCGUCGACGGCCCACUCCCUCCUCCGCGCGUCUCACGCACAAAGCCUGAGACUCAUUCCUGUCCUGAUAUAGAGUCCGACUACUAACACUGCUGUGGUGUUUCUCCGAUGAUCGACAGUCAAUCUCUUGCGGACGGUCAUGUUAUGUUAUCACGUAGGGAUGUUGCAC